UGCUCCCAGUGCGACUGGGAGCUCCUGUACAGCACGAAGAGGAACGGGCUGAGCAUGAACACAUUUUUCCGGCUCGUGACGGGCCGCAGGGACACGAUCAUGCUGAUCAAGGACUCGGGAGGCAGCGCGUUCGGAGCCUUCAUCCCGUUCCCCUGGAAGCAGUCCAAGGAUUUCUAUGGCACGGGGGAGAGCUUUGUGUUCCGCAUGAAGCCGACCUUGGAGCUGUUCAAGUGGGGGGGCAACGACUCCAUGUUCGCGCUCACUAACCACCAGGGGAUCCUGAUUGGAGGGUCGGGCAGCCCCGCGAUCUGGAUCGACAGCGACUUCAACAGGGGGACGUCAGGGGCGAACAAGACGUACAGGAGCAGGUGUCUCGCCAGCGAUGAAUCCUUCACCUGCAUCCACCUGGAGGUCUGGGCA